AUGUCUGCUGCGCAAAAGGCGACUCGGCACAAUGAGCUCGAUCAUGAUCAAUCCCACGUAGCCACCGACCGCCCUCACACCCCCGAGCCCACCCCCGGUCGACAAGACAACUCACGCGCCGACGACGACAAGGCCAGCCAUGUGCCCUCGGACCCUAGUGACGCCGAAGAUGAAGACGACGAUGAUGGGGAAGAGGACGAGCCACAUCUCAAGUACGACAAGCUGACGGCUGCCCUGGUCAGCGUCUACCGCAAUGGCGAUGCCACCAGCUCGCUAUUCGUUGCUGGCGACAAGAUGAUCCUCGGCACUCACAAUGGAAACAUACACACUCUCGCCCUGCCCUCGCUGCAGUCCCUGCGUCUCUAUCAUGCCCACUCGGCCUCAAUCACUGCUAUCGAUGUCUCUCCUAUCCCACAGCCCUUUUCCAACCACCCUCGUCUAGACCGCUUGAACUCAAAUGCCUGGCGAGCCCCUCCUCUACCCAUACCUUCGUCGCGAACUCCUAAGCAGUCUCCGAAUCUGCCUCCGACGCCUUCCAAUCUCAUUCACAUCGCCACUGCUUCCAUCGACGGCCAUGUUUGUGUCUCGUCACUCGUCGAUCCCAAGGAUGUUAGUCUUCGCAACUUCGCCCGUCCCAUCAAUGCAGUCGCUCUAUCGCCAGAGUACAAGACCGAUCGUACAUAUCUCUCUGGUGGUCUUGCCGGGAAUCUCAUCAUGACUGCUGGCGCCAAAUCUGGUGUGAGCGCCGACGCCAACACGAAUAGCGCUGCAGCAGCUGCCUCAGGCUGGCUGGGCUCUAUAGGUCUGGGACAAAAUACAGGCAAGGACACCGUCUUACACUCUGGCGAGGGUGCCAUCAGUACCAUUUCCUUCUCCAACAGUGGUCGUUUUGUAGUCUGGGUCAAUGAGCACGGCAUAAAGAUCAUGCGCUCGCAUCUCAAGCUCGAAUCUCAUGAAUCAGAGUCGGCCUGGAAGCGUAUUGCUCAUAUCGAUCGACCAAAUCGUAAUUCUUGGCCCGAUAUGGCUUCCGUAUGGAAAGCUCGUGUGCAGUGGAUCAAUGACGACGCUCUCGAAGCAGACCUGGACGAGCCUAGAGCUCCAAACGGCUCUGCUGCUCAGGACUCAAGCAAGUCUUCUAAGAAAGCUCCUCCGGAAAAGCUGCUUGUUGGUUGGGGUGAUACUGCGUGGUUGAUUCAUGUCUAUGCCGCGCGCGUUGCUGCCGGCAAGAACGGUGUACAGCGACUACCAGGGCGCGCUGACAUUCUCCACAAAUUAACCUUUGAAGAUUGUGUUGUUUCUGGAUUGUCACUCUAUACCCCUUCCUUGCUUGCUAUCCUUGCGUAUCGCACGCGUGACGACCAAGACAAUCCUGUUCCUUCAUCUGUACAAGACACUCCGAAGCGAGGCAGGCAUCAUCGACAAACAGGUCUACAACCCGAGCUUCGCCUGAUCAAUUUUGCAACUGGCGAAGAGGUUGAUGUCGACACUCUCAACAUAAACAGAUUCGAAUCACUAUCUGCUGCUGACUAUCAACUGACAUCGCUCUAUGUGCCUCCGCCGCCUCGUCUUGCUCCCGCGCAGAAAGGUGCUCUGGAGAACUUUGGUGCUGGCUUGUGGGACGCAGGUGCGAGCGCGACGCGUCUUUUCAGUUCUGGUGUCAGCAUGAAAAGUCCGCCAGCUAGCGAAAGUGGAAGAACUGCCAUCAGAUCCCCAGCAGGAUCCGUUGGUGGCUCUCAGAUUGGUGUAUCACCUCAAUCGGCCCCUGAUGCGAACCCUUUCCUCGCACGAACAGGCCUCAAGCUUUUUGUCCACAGUCCCUAUGAUUGUGUUUUGGCUAUCAGGCGUGAGCUUUCAGACCAUCUCAGCUGGUUGAUGGAGCGUAAGCAAUACGGAAAAGCUUGGAGUCUAAUUGAUGACCAUCCAGAGAUUGUCGGCAUACCAAGUGAUCGACAAUCCAUCCCUUCUUCGCCGAGUGGACCUACACGUGCGCAAGACAGUCUGGCAGACUUCUUUGCUGACGAGGACGUAUCCCAGAUUACCAUGUCUCCUGAGAAAAUUCAGAACUCUAUCGCCGUCAAGGAGAAACAGCGGGUAGGAGACUUGUGGCUACAGCAGCUUGUUGCAAAUGAUGAGUGGUCGAUGGCAGGAAAAAUAGCUGGUCAGGUCCUCGGCACUUCUUCUAGGUGGGAGAAAUGGGUUUUGGCAUUCGCACAGGACGGCCACUUUGACCAGAUCACACCCUAUAUUCCCAGUACCGACAUGAAGCCUGCCUUGCCUUCAUUUGUAUACGAGGUUGUCCUCGGCCACUAUAUCGGUCAUGAUCGACCACGAUUCCGCGAACUCCUGGAUCGUUGGGAUCCUGAGUUGUUCGAUAUCACAAGUGUGAAGACAGCCAUUCAGAACAAGCUCGAUUCGAGUGAUGUCAAUGAGGAGUCUGUUGAAGGCGGCGAGCGAGGGAGGGAUUGGCGCAUUCUGCUGGACGGACUGGCAAAGCUUCACCUCGCCGAAGGCUGUACGACAGACGCCUUACGCUGCUACGUUCGUCUCCAGAAUGGUGACGCGGCCAUGGCGUUGAUCCGUGACUACCAUCUAGCGGAUGCUGUCUCUGACGAUGUUCCUGCUCUGUUGAUGCUUCGUGUUCCCAAAAAGCAGAUGAAGACAGCGUCCUUGGAAGAGCUUGAAGAAGAAUCGGCCGAAGUCGUUCGCUUACUGGUAGACGAAGCCUUCUCAGGAAAUGUCCGACCUGAAGUCGUCGUGUCGCAGCUCGAGCAGCGUGGUCCAACCUACCAACCUUUCCUCUUCUUCUACCUCCGUGCUCUCUGGACAGGACGGACGACAGAUGAAGAAGUUCUAAUGAGCCGAGCCGAGCGUAUGAAGCUUCAACAACAGAUAGAAGAAGGCAGAUUGUUGGUUGAACAAUACGGCGAUCUGGCCGUGACGCUCUUCGCACAAUACAACCGCGAUCUACUCAUGGACUUCCUGCGAUCCUCGACAUCAUACACAUAUGAGAAAGCAUCGCAUGUAUGUGAAGAGAAACACUACAUCCCGGAGCUUGUUUAUCUUCUGAGUAAGACUGGACAAACAAAGCGAGCGUUGUUCCUGAUUAUCGGAGAGCUUGGCGACGUCAGUCAAGCCAUUUCGUUCACCAAGGAGAAUCCUGAUCUUUGGGAUGACUUGCUAGAUUACAGCAUGGAUAAGCCAAAGUUCAUUCGUGCGUUGUUAGAAGAAGUUGGCACAUCUAUCAAUCCCAUCACAGUGGUUAGGCGGAUACCGAACGGGCUCGAGGUUGAAGGCUUGAGAGAAGGCAUUGGCAAGAUGAUACGCGAGUAUGAGAUUCAACACAGCAUUAGUGACGGUGUCGCCAAAGUGCUCAGGGGUGAAGUGACAUCGGGCAUGGAUGUUCUUCGGGCAGGACAGAAGAAGGCGGUCAAAUUCGAAGUGACACAUGAAAAGCUUGAUGAGGUUGAGGUGCACGCUGACCCGGUUCCGAUCAUCAACAAUGGUUAUGACAUGGAAGAUGAUGGCGCCGAUCAGAAGCCCAAGCCAGGACACUGUGUGGGUUGUAAAGAUGUGUUCCAUCAAGAUGGUAAGAUUUGCCAACUACCAAAAAUCCGUCCACGUACUAACAAGCACGGCANNGAGAGGGAAACCCUCAUCGGAUUCAACUGUGGCCACGUCUUCCACUUGUCUUGUCUGUUGAAGCUCAACACCAAAGCGGAUGAAGCCGAUGUCAAAAGGCUACAAGGUCAAAGACUUUCAGAGGAUGAGGAGCCCGUUGACACUGGUAGAAGUGUGCGGGCCAAAGUCGAGCACGCGCAUCAAAUCAAAAGAGCUGUUCAAGGUGGGUGCCCGGUGUGCACGCUGCCGGAUGACACUGACUAG